UUUCCUUUUUCUUACCUUCCGGGUCCGAGUUUGGGGUUAUCAGCUAUCGGAAAAUAUCCCAAACCAUCACGAGCCAGCGUUUAACCUCAACAUCAUGGAAUAUACCGGCUACAGACAACGCCACUGCGAUCUUCUCCAGUCGGAUCCUCGCACCAUUUUCGGGUGUUAUGGUGUACUUCGUAGCGGAUCUUGGCGGCCGAAAAGCUGUCGUGCAAUGGCUUGCACACCAGGCAUCUUUGCCACCCCCAUCGAACCUCGGUUUGGCCCCUUUCUAUUCUCUCUGUCGAGAAGAAUCUCUAUCAAAAAUGCGAGAUCAAUAGUGGAUAGUAUGCCAGAAGGAAGAACAAAGAUGCAAAAUACAGCUAAGGCUCAGGCUGAGGCAAAGCGGAUAUGUAAUCACGACGAUUACUUGCGCAGAAGGUGCCGCUCCUGUAAGCGUGCGGCUUGCCUGGACUUUAUCCACUUCGAAACUGCACCUUUAGCUAGGUGUUCUACUAAUAUUUCUACAAACUCUGGUCAUCAUGUCACCGCAAAUAUUCUAACCCCUCAAAGUCAUAUCAUAUAGUGGGCUAAUUACUGUGGAGCGAGAAUGAAUAUAGGCUACUACCAGCAGCAAACGAUGGGCUACAAGAAUGCGAAAAACAACAGACAGAUAAACGCACUGUAUCCUUGUGCAACAUGCCUUCACUCACCUGGGCACGGCCACCCGAUGCAAGGGAUCAUCUCUGUGGAUAGCAGGCCCAAGGUCUUUCCAAAUAGCGAUUAAGGCCUUAUUCCUAGAGAUGCUCAUCCAGUCAAACGAGUUGCCGAAGAGCCCAUGGAUAUUUUAGGUCCUUGCUUACAUCUAGCAUGUCAACCUGAGUACUCUAAGCUGUCUGGUUUACUCCAUCAUGCACCAUCUCCUAGAUGCAAGGGUAGAUUCUUUAAAGCGGCAUCUCUAGGUGUAACACCAAAGCGGUAUAGUGAGAGUACAACAGUUUGCUUACACAUCGUCGCGAUACGUAACCUGUCUGAGGCGGUACUCUAUGUUGCCACCGCAUACUGGGUGGUGGCCGACCCGCACCGGUCCUGCCCUUGCAAGGGAAGCGAUGCUAU